AUGGACAUCCAGCGUGUGACCUCCGCGAGCACCAGGCGGACCGGUGGAGAGUGGGCAAGAGGGGCGCACGAGAGAGGCUGCACCACUACACAGCCAAAUGCACUAUUGGCUCUUGGAACUUCCCCCGAGAGCGUUAUGGCUUCAGGCGCCGGUAAGGCUGCACAGCCCGCUGGUCAGGGCUCCGCCGUUAACGGAAAUGCGGCAGAGUUCCCCAGCAUCGAGCAAGACACGGAGCAGUACGACUACCAGAUGCACAGCAAAAUGUGCAAGAAGAUCGCCCAGCUCACCAAGGUGAUUUACUCUCUGAACAUGAAGAAUGAGGAGCAGGAGGCCACGCUCCAGGCCCUGAGUUAUGCCCACCACGAGGAGCUGCACCGGGUCCUGAUGGAGUCCUGUCAUGAAGGGGAGGGCUCCGUGCUGAGGGUCCGCCUCCUGGAGCUGCAGGAGUGUCUGGAUGAGCAGCAGCGACUGGGAGCUCAGGUGCAGGCCGACUUUGAGUGCUAUCGCCUUCAGGCCGAGGAGCGUGAGCGUGAGGCGGAGGCCGAGCUCAGGAAGGAGUUUGAGGAGAAGCUGCGAGCCGCACAGGAGACGCUACAGGAGGCCCGGGUGCAGAUGAGUACGGCCCAGGACGAGAGCCUCCGCCUGUGCAAAGAACUGGAGAGCAUGGUUCAGCAUGUGCAGCAGCUGGAUACUAAGUGCGAGGAGAUGCAGAGAGAAGCUGAAGUGGAGGAGCGACAGCGAAGAGAGGAGAAGAGACAGAAGGAGGAAGAGGAGAGGAGGAGGGAGGAAGAGCGGCGCAUAGAGGAGCGGGAGGACACUGAGCGAGUGCGGGCCCUCUUAGACCAACUGAAUGCUCUGAGACAGGACCGGGAGCGCGCAGAGGAGGACAAGAGGAGAGCGCUGAAGGACGAGAGAGACCGCUGGCAGGAGAAGAUUCAUGAGCUGCAUGAGGAGCAGGAGGAGGCGCGAAGGAAGAUGGAGGUGGAGUGGAGAGAGGAACGGCGUCAGUGGGAGGAGCGUGAGGAGGAGGAGAAAAAAGGCAUGCACAGUGCUCUACGCGAACGAGUGAAAAUGGCGGAAGCGGAGGUAGAGAGUCAGCUGGAGAAACUUGACGAAAGCAAGAGGAGCACAGUGAAGCUGCAGGAAAGGAUACAGAACUUGGAGGAGGAGCUGGAGUUAUACCGCAAGCGUGUGUCCGAAACCGAGGGGGUGGUAAAGCGGGCGGAGGAGGAGUUAGCUGUGGCCAAGGAGAGGCUGCUGCUUCAGGAGGACGAGUUACAGAGCAGGGCAGAGGAACUGUUGAACCGCGGGGGCUGCGAGGUGUGCGUGUGCGCAGAGGUGGAUGAACUUCGGAGUCAGGUGAGCCGACUACAAAGCCGCAACCGUGAGCUGGAGCUACAGAGCAGCGGCAGGAACAGCGACCACGCCCGCCAGAUACGCCAGCACGCCGAAGCCUUGUCCAGCCUGCGCUCUGAGAUGGUGCGAGCCCAGACGGAGGAGCUGCGGCGCAUACAAAAACACGCAGACGACGAAAGGGACAAACUGCAGAAGGAGAUAGAGCGAGAACGCCAGGCCCUGCAAAAGGAGGAGCAGGAGAAGAAUCAGCUUGAGCAAGAACUCUCCAGACUGCGGCGAGAGCGGGAGGAGGAGCGUGAGCAGCAGAGGAGAGACAUGGAGGAGCUGAAGGAGCGCCUGAGGAGGGAGAAGGAGGAGGACAUGGACCGGCAGAGGAAGGAGCUGGACGUGGAGAGGGUGCGAGUCCGAUCCCAGUUGGAUAAAAGCAUGGAGCAGGUGGAUGCGGAGAGGGCCGGGGUGCAUCACAGACUGGAGGAGGAGAAGAGAAGGCUGGCGGAGAAGGCAGAGGAGGACCGGAAGAGGCUGAAGGAGCAGGUGAGGAAGGCCAUCGAAGAGGUGAUGAGGAGACACGCCGCAGAACUCAACAGUGUCCAAGAAGCACUGAGCUCAGAGAAGAAGACAAACCAGGAGGUCUGUGCACGUUUGGAUGAGGAGAGGAGGAAGAGUGAGGAGCUUUGCAGUGGCCUGGAGAAGGAUCUGGACGAGUUUAGGAUGAAACUCAAGGACUCAACGGCUGAGAUAUGUCGACUAGAGGCUGUUCUCCAGCAGCAGGAGAAGAAGGAGAAAGCUCCGGACGUCCUUCCCCCUUGUGGUUCGCGGUGCUCCCACAUGGAAGAGGAGCUCCACCAGACCCGCUCUAAACUGGCUCGAAUCCAGGAGGACGCGGAGAGGCAGCGGGACAGACAGCAGCGGGAGAUCACCACACUGAAGGCGGACAAGCACCGGCUGGAGGAGAAGGUGCUGGAGCAGAGCAGACUCAGCACCGAGAGGAACCUCCUAGAGCAGAGGACCGAGGACCGCGUCAGGGAAGAGUGCGAGGAUCGUCUCAGAGCAGAAUUCAGGAUUGAGAUGAACGCUGCAGUGGCCGAGACGGAGCAGAGAUGGCAAACGCAGGAGCAGGACAUGCAGAGUCACAUUGAGGAUCUAGAGGCACAAGUGAAGGAGCUGCAGGUCCAGAUGGAAAAAAAGAAAGCUGGAUCUGGAGACGAUUGUCACAUGAAUCCUGAGAUUGACAAGCUCAGAAAAGAGGUUCAAGACACCAAGGAGAUAAACAAGAAACUGAGAGAUCUCUUGCAGGAACCUCAGGGCCAAUCUGAGGAGCGACACAGUCACACCAUGGCGCUGCAGGCUUUGGAGAGAAAAGCAAAAGAAGAUGUUCUGUCUGAGAGAAACCGGCUGCAAACAAUGCACCACCUGGAACUAGAUAAGCAACGAGCUGAACUGACCCAGCAGCACACCGAGUGGAGCCGACAGAUGACUCAGAGGCAUAUGCAGCAAAUAGAAGACCUGCAAGCCCAACUACAAGCACACACCCAGAUGAUGGCGCUACAACAGGACCUGAAGCAGCAGAACCAGAACCAGGUGUUUGAGAGGCAGCUGGACGAGAGUCGCUGCGCCGUGCUCGAACUGCAGAGGGAAAACGCAACGCUUAAGAGGCAACUCAAGGAAAAGGCAGCGCGUGAGAAGCAUGAAGUGGAGAAGAAGGAGGAUGACAGUGUGGAGCUGGACAUAAAGCGAGACGCACAGCUGGAGGAGGAGGCCCAGCGGCUGAAGGAGCAGGUGGAGAAGCUGCGCGUAGAGAUGGAAAAGCUGGAGGAGUCGCAGAAAAACUGGGAGGAGCGCAAGGACGAGGAUCUGAAGGACGAGGAGGUGGAUGAGGAGAAGAGAAGAGCACGUGAGGAGGAGAGGCGUCGCGAGGAGGUGGAGGAGAUCCGGAGGGAACACAAGAGGGAGCUGCAGAGCCUGGCCUCAGAAUACAGCAGCGCACAGUCGCACCUGCAGGCGCGCAUCGUGGCCUUAGAGAACGAGCUGCGUGAGCGGGAGGAGCGGUGCAGGGGGAGGCAGAGUCGAUGUGAGGAUUUGCAGUUGGGAAGACUUCAGGAGAGACUGACAGAGAGGGACCAGCUCAUUAAACGAUUAGUGGAAGAAAGGCAUCAGCUGCAGCUCCACCCUCCUCCUGUUGUGAGGGACAACAGCCCUGAGCAAUGUGACAACAAGUCCCGCCCAGGAAGUGCCACUCCGACCAUGAGGCGAAAGAACGCAGAGUCCUCUCGAGUCACCAGCAUCUCCAGCAGCAGUUAUGACCGAAACAUCUUCCACUCUUCGCCGUCUUCCACAACGUCUUGCCAUCAUUCAAACUUCUCCUCCACCCUGCCUCACCCAUCCUCACAUCCACACACCACGCACUACUCCACCUCCUCUCUGCCGCACAAGCACUCGUCUCUGGGCCAGCAUUCCAGUCCAGCCACGCCGCGCUCUACCCGAUCGCGCUCCUCCUGUAUCCCUGCCACCCCAGCGCCCACCGCUCCCCUCCCCGUCUGCCCCUCAUCACAGACGGGCAUCCGCUAUGUGUCCCCUUCAUGCCUCGACCCACACCUACAAUCAAUCAGGGGUCCGUAUCUGGAGCCAAGAGGGACUGGAGGGCUAAAACAGGAGUGGUACACCAAAUACUUCUCCUUCUGA